AUUUCAGUCAGCCCAAACUACUCUUUGUUAUUUCCAUAUAAGAGUGAAAAUGAUUACGUAAUCAUCACGCAUAGAAUGCCAAGCCUUAAAGCUGUGACAGUUUGUAUGUGGAUAAAGACUAAUGCUACAGGAAAUAGAGGAACACUUCUUAGCUAUGCUGUGAGUGGAGAAGAUAACGAACUGCUCUUAUUAAGGCCCAGAGAUUUUGUGUUCAGCUUACGAUCAGUUUGGAGGUACGAGAAUACACUUUCAUUGAGGAAUAGGAACGAUAAACUGCACAUGAUGUGCAGAGCCCGCCUUGUAUUAUUUAGAUCAUGAAUCUGCAAUAGUAAAUGUUGUCAUAGCUAUUUAGUGAACCAUAUUUAGCUAAUCCUAAUAGCGGAGCCCUGAAUGUUAUUUCCUUAAACUUAUUAUCCAUAAAAUACAGUACUAUUGGACAAAGCCGAUGUUUGACUUAAAAAAACUCGGCGUUGUGCGUUUUUCUUUCUCAAAUUUAUCCAUAUCUUGAUAUGAAGACGCAUCACCAGCAACCCGAAAGUUUUAGAAUCAUGGGAAGUCAACAAUAAAACAUCUCAUGAAAUUGGCAUCAAGUGCCUUGCAGACAGAGCUUGAUGAUAUUUUAGCAUUUCACCUCUCUACGAACAGAAAGAGAUAGAAGAGGGAUACAGGUUCAAUAAUUAUCGCACCAGACUCAAAAUCUAUCACACCAAUAAUCUUCAACUACUUUAUCGAUCAUUCAACCUUUUUAAAAUGGAUUAUUAAGGAAAGACUUUGAAUCCUUUCAAUGUUCAUUAUAGUAGUCCCACCAAUGUAUCUGCCAACGAUGGAAAGUGGCAUCACAUCUGCUUCGCAUGGGAGAAUACCGCUGGAUCGUGGAAAUUAUUCAAGGAUGGUUCAUUGGGGGCUAGUGGUAGAGGAUUAGCAAAAGGUAAUUUGUACUCAGAAAAUAUCGAACAUCAAACUAAUUCACAAAAUUUUGCCGUCAGGCAAGUCGAGUAUUUUCAAAAAAAAUGUGAAAAUUUGCAGAUUAAACAUUUUGCUUACUACAACUUUAUUUAAAUCGUUUGCUCUUGUAUUACUAAAACACCUUUAAAAAAGCUAACAACAACAAAAAAACAAUAAAUACUUUUCCACGAAUUGGUUUAAAAGCACGACUAGCGAAGGAAUGGAGACAUAUUCUUGCUCUUAAUUACAGGCCGAUUGAUCCGCGGAGGUGGACACCUUGUACUUGGACAGGAUCAAGACAAAUUGGGAGGUGGCUUUCAAGAAUAUCAAAGUUUCAUUGGUGAAAUGGCAGAUGUCAAUAUCUGGAAUCACGUGAUUUCAGACGAAGAAAUCAGGCGCAUGUCCAAGUCGUGCUUGACAGGGACGGGAAAUUUGUUUCAGUGGAGCGACUUCAAAUAUCACCGAAUGGGCUCAGUGCAGAUAGUUCAGCCUUCUUGCUUAAAUUAA